GGUCAUGUGAUCAGCUGUGUCCAAUCACAGCUGAUCACAUGGGACAUGUACACUGUACAUCAGGGCACUGAUGAUCAGUCAGUGCCAGCUGUCAGUGUUCAUCAGUGCCACAUCAAUGCCACAUAUCAGUGCCUACCAGUGCACAUCAAUGCCACAUAUCAGUGCCCAUCUGAGCUUCCUUUCAGUGUCACUCAUCAGUGCCAUUCAGUGCCACCUAUCAAAGCCAAUCAGUGCCACCUAUCAGUGCUGCCAAUCAGUGCCACCUAUUAGUGCCAGCCAGUGCCGCCU